UGGGCAGGAAGGGGGAGGAGGGGUCUGGUUGUGCAAGUCCCGCUACAGUCUUUCAUCUACCCCUCGGCACGUUCAAACUCGCACUUCUGCCCCAUGCUUUUUUCCCCUCUGCUUUGCCUGAGACACGAGAGCUCUCCGACCCAGCUCUCCAGUUGGGACAAACUAUGGUGCAUGGGAGGAGCCUUGUUCAUCGUGUCACUCAUUUAGGCAGUCCACAGUUAUGUAGUGUGCCAGCGUUCUAGAAUAGAGUACUUGGCAGUGAUUGCUUUUGUUUACAGCGCAGUGACUAAUUGUUUGUAAUGGUCAAAAUCCAUCCUUGGGGACGGUCUUUAAAGGACGCAUUGCAAGUCUCGGGCUAAACAUUAAUCAGCCGGCUCCUAACGCGAGAUACAGCACCACUGGGUGUGCUAGUCUUAUCCUGUGUGUGUGAAUGAAGAGGUUUAACUGUCAGCUCUGUUUUUAGACGUUUCAUAACUGAAAGUCCUUCGCGGUGACACACUCACACACACUGCCGUCCCUGGAGCCGUGGAACUUGCCGCUGGCGUGCGGGCGCCCCUAAAGCUAGCGUCCCGACACCGACACAUGUGUUGGUGGGGUUAUUGUCUGGUCAUCUGAGCGGCGUCGGCGCUCAUCUCCAGGCAGCUAUGCCUGCCGCGGCUCUGGACGAAUACUGCGGCUCGACCUUCUGGAACGCGUCCUUUCUGGACACGGCGGAGCCCGACCUGCCCGUGUGCCUGGAGCAGACCGUGCUGGUGUGGCUGCCCCUGGGCUUCCUCUGGCUCUGCGGGCCCUGGCACCUGGCCGCUCUGUUCAGGGGCCGCGGGAAGCCCUCCCAGGUCUCCAGACUGUACCUCAGCAAGCAGCUGGUGGCGGGCCUGUUGUUCAUUAUCGCCAUCGCUGGCCUGGCCCUGACGCUAGGAGAGGACUACGGUGCAUCGAGUGGAGCUGGGAGCCAUGCAUUGGUGUUCUAUGUCAACCCCAUUAUCUACGCCAUCUCAUGGAUGUUGGUCUUGCUGUACCAGGAGGGAGUGCGGCGAAGACAAGGGGCCGUGGACUCCUCCACCCUCUUCCUGUUCUGGUUGCUCCUGGUGUGCUGUGACGUCUUCCCCUUCCAGACGAUCCUGCGAGCGGCGCUCCGACUGGGAGAGGUGCCGGAUAUCCCCAGAUACAGCCUCUUCUACGCCUCCUUCGCCCUGGAGCUAGUGGGGCUGGUCCUGUCUGCCCUGGCAGACGUCCCCCGCGAAGCAGCGGAGGUGGUCAAGAAGAAUCCAGAGGCAGGGGCGGCCUUCCUAAGUAGAAUCACCUUCAACUGGUUUAACAGCAUGGUGGUGAACGGCUACAAGCGGCCGCUGGUGCAGGAGGACCUGUGGGAGCUGAAGGAGGCGGACAGCACCAGCCAGAUCCACCGCCACUUCCACUCCCACAUGGAGUCACAGCUGGGCGCCGCCCGCCUCCGCUACGCCAAGAAGAAGUCCGAAGCAAAGCCUGCGAAGGAUCCCCGGCCCGCCAAGCAGAACGGCGUCAGCCAAGACGUACUGAUGAUGGAGGAGAUGGAGAGGAAGAAAAAGGACAAGAAGGGCAAGAAAGGGAAGGAAGAGAAGGUGAAGGAAGAGGAGAACUACCCUCAAGGGUGGCUCAUCUCCACCAUCUUCAAGUGCUUCAAGAGAACUCUGAUCGAGUCUGCGUUCUUCAAGCUCCUUCAGGACCUGCUAGCCUUCGUCAGUCCUCAACUCCUGAAGCUGAUGAUCUCCUUCACCAAGAACGAAGAGGCCCCUGACUGGCACGGCUACAUGUACUCUGUGCUGCUGGUUCUGGUGGCCGUCCUCCAGUCCCUGUUCCUCCAGCAGUACUUCCAGCGCUGCUUCGUCCUGGGCAUGAAGGUCCGCACCUCCAUCAUGGCCGCCGUGUACAAGAAGGCGCUGGUGGUGUCCAACAGCUCCCGCAAGGAGACCACAGUGGGGGAGACGGUGAACCUCAUGUCUGCCGACGCCCAGCGCUUCAACGACAUCUUCAGCUUCAUCCACCUGCUGUGGUCCUGCCCCCUGCAGAUCCUCCUGGCCAUCGUGUUCCUGUGGCUGGAGCUGGGCCCGUCGGUGCUGGCCGGCCUGGCCGUCAUGGUGCUCAUGGUGCCCAUCAACGGGUUCCUCGCCACCAAGGCCAGGAAGCUGCAGAUUAAGAACAUGGAGCACAAAGACAAGAGGCUGAAAAUCAUGAACGAAAUCCUCAACGGCAUGAAGAUCCUGAAGCUGUUUGCCUGGGAGCCGUCCUUCCAAACUCAGGUGGAAGGCAUCCGUGGGCAGGAGCUGCAGGUCAUGAGGAAGUUUGCCUACCUCAACUCCUUCUCCACCUUCAUCUUCUACUGCGCCCCUUCUUUGGUCUCCCUGGCCACGUUCGGAGUGUUUGUUGCUGUGAGUUCGGAGAACGUGCUGGACGCAGAGAAGGCGUUCACCUCCAUCGCGCUCUUCAACAUCCUGCGCUUCCCCCUCACAAUGCUGCCAAUGCUCAUCGCCAUCAUGGUGCAGACGGCAGUGUCGAAGAAGCGCCUCGAAAAGUUCCUGGGGGGUGACGACCUUGACCCGGACAUCGUGCGCCACGACUCCAGCUUCAACACAGCGGUGAGCAUCUGUGACGGAACCUUCACUUGGGAGAAAGAAGUGGAUCCUGUGCUGAAGAACAUCUCUCUGGAUGUGGGGCGGGGUAAGCUGGUGGCGGUGGUGGGGGCGGUGGGCUCUGGGAAGUCCUCCCUCAUCUCGGCCAUCCUCGGGGAGCUCCACAGCGUCAAGGGCUUCGUCAACCUGCAGGGUUCAGUAGCCUACGUGCCCCAGCAGGCCUGGAUCCAGAACGCCACCCUCAGGGACAACAUCCUGUUUGGUGGCCCCCACGACAGCGACCGCUUCCAGGGGGUGCUGGACGCCUGCGCCCUGGGCCCCGACCUGGAGCUGCUGCCCGGCCGCGACCUCACGGAGAUCGGGGAGAAGGGUAUUAACCUGUCUGGAGGGCAGAAGCAGCGUAUCAGCCUGGCCCGGGCGGCCUACAGCCACUCGGACAUCUACCUGCUGGACGACCCGCUGUCGGCCGUGGACUCCCACGUGGGGAAGCACCUCUUCAGGGAGGUCAUCGGCCCCAAGGGCCUUCUUAAAGACAAGACGCGCAUCCUGGUGACCCACGGGGUGAGCUUCCUGCCCUACGUGGAUGAGAUCGUGGUGCUGGUGGAGGGGGCGGUGUCGGAGGUGGGGUCCUACCAGAGCCUGCGGGCCACCAAGGGGGCCUUCUCCGAGUUCCUGGACACGUACGCCAAGGAGGAGAACCGGGAGCAGGGCCCGGCAACAGAGGCCGUUGGGGUGGAGGAGGUGGAGGAGGAGGUCUCCGGAGGGGAGGACCUCCAGGCCGACUGCGCCCCCGAGGACGUGGUGACGGGCACGCUGAAGAGGGAGGGCAGCAUCCGCCGCAGCCUGCGGAGCCAGGGCAGUGUGAGAUUGCGGUCAAACAGCUCAUCGCCAAAGAAAGAGCUUGCUACAGAUUUGAAGAAAGGCCAGAGGCUCAUAGAGAAAGAAACCAUGGAAACAGGACAGGUCAAGUUCUCGGUGUACCUGCAGUACCUGCGAGCCGUUGGAUGGGGCUACUCCACCAUGAUGUUCCUGAUGUACCUGGUCCAGAACGUCGCCUUCAUUGGCCAGAACCUGUGGCUGAGCGACUGGACCACGGACUCUGUGGACUACUUCAACAAGACAUACCCCGCCUCCAAGAGGGACACCCGCGUGGGAGUGUUUGGUGCCCUGGGAGUGGCGCAGGGUCUGUUUGUGUUCCUGGGCACCCUGUUCAUGGCGGAGGGCUCCGUCUCGGCCUCCAGUAUCCUUCACUCUCGGCUGCUCCGCACCAUCCUAAGGGUGCCCAUGGUCUUCUUCGACACCACGCCUACCGGCCGGGUGGUCAACCGCUUCGCCAAGGAUAUCUUCACGGUGGACGAGGCUCUCCCGCAGUGUUUCCGCUCCUGGAUUCUCUGUCUUCUGGGCGUUGUCGGGACGCUCUUCGUCAUCUGUCUGACCACACCCACCUUCGCCGUCGUCAUCAUACCCCUCGCGGUGGUUUAUUACUUUGUACAGAGGUUCUACGUGGGCACCUCCAGGCAGCUGCGCCGGCUGGACUCGGUAUCCCGCUCGCCCAUCUACUCCCACUUUGGCGAGACGGUGGCGGGGCUGUCGGUCAUCCGGGCCUACGGCCACCAGGAGCGCUUCCUCAAGCACAACGAGACCACCAUGGACGAGAACAUCAAGAGCGUCUACCCUUGGAUCGUGUCCAACAGAUGGCUGGCGAUCCGCCUGGAGUUCCUAGGCAACCUGGUGGUGUUCUUCUCCGCUCUGUUCGCCGUCAUCGCAAGGAAGAAGCUGGACAGUGGGCUGGUCGGCCUGUCCAUAUCCUACUCUCUCAAUGUGACCCAGACGCUCAACUGGCUGGUCAGGAUGACGUCGGAGCUGGAGACCAACAUCGUGGCCGUGGAGCGAGUGAGCGAGUACUCUGAGCUGCAGACGGAGGCUGAGUGGGCCUCAGAGACGCAGCCCCCGGGGAAGUGGCCCGACGCAGGGCGACUGCAGUUUGAUAACUACAAGGUUCGCUACCGACCGGAGCUGGACCUGGUGCUGAACGGGAUCAGCUGUGAUAUAAGCAGCACUGAAAAGAUUGGUAUAGUCGGCCGUACCGGAGCCGGUAAGUCCAGCCUGACCAACUGCCUGUUCAGGAUCAUCGAGGCGGCGGAGGGCCGCAUCCUCAUCGACGGCAUCGACAUCUCCAAGAUAGGCCUUCACGACCUCCGGAACCGGCUGACUAUCAUACCACAGGACCCGGUGUUAUUCUCUGGCUCUCUGAGGAUGAACCUGGACCCCUUUGAGAACUUCAGUGACCAGGAGAUCUGGAUAGCGCUGGAGCUCUCCCACCUCAAGGACUACGUGGCGGGCCUGGAGAAGGGUCUGCAGUACGAGGUCUCGGAGGGGGGGGAGAACCUCAGCGUGGGCCAGAGGCAGCUGCUGUGCUUGGGCCGGGCUCUGCUCCGCAAGUCCCGCAUCCUGAUCCUGGACGAGGCCACAGCCGCCGUGGACCUGGAGACGGACGACCUGAUCCAGACCACCAUCCGCAAGGAGUUCUCCCACUGCACCGUCCUCACCAUCGCCCACCGGCUGCAGAGCAUCAUGGACAGCUCCAGGGUGAUGGUGCUAGACGCAGGGAGGAUCGUGGAGUUUGAUUCUCCUGAAAACCUGCUGGAGAAACAGGGGUACUUCUACGCCAUGACCAAGGACGCCGGGAUAACCACAGGAGAAGCCACAGCUCUAUGAUCGUGUGUGUGUGUGUGUGUGUGUGUGUGUGUGUGUGUGUGUGUGUGUGUGUGUGUGUGUGUGUGUGUGUGUGUGUGUGUGUGUGUGUGUGUGUGUGUGUGUGUGUGUGUGUGUGUGUGUGUGUGUGUGUGUGUGUUGUGGCCAAGUGCACAAAUAAUUUAUAAUUACCACAACAAUAUUUGAUGCCGAUGUUGAGCGUUUCAACAUCUUUGCGUCUGUUAUCGGACUGUAUAAGACUACAUGAAAUGGGUUAUAACGCACAACCUGUUCAUACAACGAUGUUUAUAUUGCCACCGAGGGUGAUUAGAUAAGAAUUAUUUUCUAAUUUGUGAUAUUGCAAAGACUGCCUGAUUUUUCACUCACUGUACUGUUCAUGAAUGUUUGCAAUGUUUGAGUUUGUUGUGUUUAUCGGAGUCAACACGCGUCUGAUAAAACUGACUACUCCUAAAGAAGAAAACGCUUGCGGUGCUCUUUUCUCUCUUUGAAUUGUGUUCAGGUGGCAUGUUACAGUUAAUGAUAAAAACCUAUUCAAGAACAUGUUACAUAUGACCAUGGAUGGAUGACCAACAAAUGUAGCAUAACCAAAAAACAUAUCUGAUUAGACACCGAAAUGUCCCAGACAUAUGCCGGUCUUGUAUGACUUUUACACUCUUACUCUAGAGGCAUGCCCUUAUCACUGAAGGAAUGUCUGCUCUCCGUUCACACACUUACUAAAUGUAUACAUGCCGCGGUUCAAUGCUCCUUUGGAUACUGCAUAUUAAAAGGUAAAGAGGCUCCAGCAACACUAUGUGCAGUAAAUUAAACAGUAACAGCAAAGUUACAACCCGGUCUUGUAUGACUUUUA